CAUCAUGAAGCUCUUGGUUUUAGCAUUGGUGGCUGCUGUGUCUGCUGCCCCACAGGGGUAUAACUUAGGCGCACCCUCUGGCCCUUCCUUUAACUCUGGAAGUUGUGGCAGUGGACAAGUGCGGCACGUGGAUGGAAGAUGCGUUACGCCUCAGGUGAACAGCCGGGUGUUCCUGUACGAUGUGCCCGCAAAUGAAGCUGUUGUCAAUCGGCCAAACUAUAUUCCAGAACCUAAAUUGGAACGCAAUAUUAUAUUUGUGAGACUGCCUGAAGGUGCAGAUGGACCAGAACCCAUCGUCGUGCCACCGCCACAACAGCAACACGUAGUGUAUGUCCUGAACAAGCAGUCUGAACAUGACCAGCGAGUGAUCGAGCUUCCUGCACCACCACAAUCGAACCCCGAAGUGUUCUUCGUGAACUAUGCAGAAGGAGAGAACCCGACUCUUCCCAGCGGAGUAGACCUCCAGACGGCGUUGAGCGCAGCUUCCCAGGGCGGCGGUCAAGUUGUUGGAGGUGGUGGAGUUGGAGGCGGAAUUGCGGCGGAAUUGGAGGCGGUUUCGGCGGUGGUAUCGGAGGCGGUUUCGGCGGUGGUAUCGGAGGCGGUUUCGGCGGUGGUACCGGAGGCGGCAGUUACUCCCCUCCCUCCAACCUUUACAGUACACCAUAAAAGUGUAUAUCCUUUUUUUAGAUUAUACAGACUAUUAUUUAUGUAAUUCAGACUUUAUUUUGUUGAAUUUUAUAUUCAUGUAUUUUUUAAGACGAAAAAAUAAAAUGUGACAGUGAAAAUGGAUUCUUUG